CGGGCAAACGAACGAACAAACGAACGAAAAAAAUAAAAUAAAAUCAUUCACAAUGAUAUGGAGUAUAACACAUAUACUUAGCCAAGUUCACAUCUAUAUUUAUAGCCACCGCGAAAAUCCAUUGUAGAAAAUCUGUCAUGUCAAACUUUCAUCAGGUGCAGCUAAAUAGAUAUAGCAAAGAGAUUUUUUUUCAUCAUCGUUUGCUUUGUGUGUUUAGUGAUUUUAAUUUACGUCAAAAUUAUGAAUUGAUUCAUUGAGUGAGAGCGAAAAUGUGACGGACAUCGCAUGUCUUUGAUAUUGGAAAAUCAACGAAUUCAUUCAAUUUACUCUUUGAAUUUGGACGAUUAUUCGAAUUUGACGUUGAUAAUGAAAAAUGCCAAGGCGAAUUCUAUUUUAAUUCCGUGUCUGUGAAAAAGGAUUUUCUAGCAAAUGGGCGACAGUUAACAAAUAAAAUGAAAUAGCAUCCGCGCGCGCGUAAUGUGUAUAAAUUUCGGAAUUCGUUUCAUAAUCCGCAAGGUUUAAAGCAUUUUUAGUGUUAUUGUUAUUUAACUAUAUUAUUUUUAUUAUUAAUUAUUGAAUAAAAUCAACACACACAUAACUAUUCUUUUUUGUACUAAUUAAAUAAUUUAUCAACUUAUCUUAUUGUGUGUGGCAACAAAAAAAGAAUAAUUACAACAAAAAAGAAAAGAAGAAGCGACCACAACAAACAUCAACAGCAACAGUAACAGCAACAAAAAUCGAUCUUAACUCAUUUAACACACAUCGUCUCUCCUGGGAAUCAAAUCCAAAAUAAAUUAAUAACAGACACAAACAGCCCAGUUUUAUGUUAAAAACUAAACUAAAAAGCAAAUGCAUUCAUUAAUCAGAUUCUUUUAAAACCGAAUUGAGAUAAAAAAUAAUAAUAAUAAUAAAAUAAACAAAAUCAACAUAAAGGAAUUAAACGUAAAGAAGGCGCGACAGACCGUUUAGCUUAUCGAUAAUACAAUUUACAUAAAUUGCGAACAUAUACACAUAUAUAUCCCUCAGACUCAAAAAGCGCUGUAAAAAAAUAACAUAAUUCGAUAAAGUGCUGGACACAACAAACACAAACACAAACACACACAAACAAGCAUAACAGACAAGGACAACAGAAAUUGAAUUAAAUUGAACUGUUGAAUGGUUAUCAAGUAUCUCAGUGCAUAAAAUAUGGCAUCGGGAACAUUUGUUGAUCGCAUCGACCCAUUUGCUAAACGAUCACUCAAAAAGAAAAGUAAAAAGUCCCAGGGUUCAUCCAGGUACAGAAAUUCGCAGGAUGUAGAAUUGCAGCCGCUGCCGCAGCUAAAAGCCGACAGUUCCAGUUUGGAUCAGGAGGAGCUUUUUAUAAAAAAGUUACGUCAAUGCAGCGUGUCGUUUGAUUUUAUGGAUCCAGUGUCAGACCUGAAGGGAAAAGAGAUCAAACGAGCUGCGCUUAAUGAUCUAUCCACUUACAUUACUCAUGGUCGGGGCGUACUAACAGAAGCUGUUUAUCCGGAAAUCAUUCGAAUGAUAUCGCUAAAUCUAUUCCGGACACUACCGCCGAGCGAGAAUCCGGACUUUGACCCAGAAGAAGAUGAUCCCACUUUAGAAGCAUCCUGGCCACAUUUGCAAUUAGUUUAUGAAGUGUUUCUACGAUUUUUAGAGUCACAAGAUUUUCAAGCAACUAUAGGAAAGAAAGUGAUCGACCAAAAAUUCGUGCUACAACUGUUGGAACUAUUCGACUCAGAAGAUCCGCGAGAAAGAGAUUUCCUAAAGACCGUGUUGCAUCGUAUUUAUGGAAAAUUCUUGGGGCUUCGGGCUUUCAUACGUAAACAAAUCAAUAACAUAUUUUUGCGCUUUAUUUAUGAAACCGAACACUUCAACGGAGUUGGUGAGCUGUUGGAAAUUCUGGGCAGCAUUAUUAACGGUUUCGCAUUACCUCUGAAAGCGGAGCAUAAGCAGUUUCUGGUCAAAGUUCUGUUGCCACUUCACAAAGUGAAAUGUUUAUCAUUAUAUCAUGCUCAGCUAGCGUACUGUGUGGUACAAUUUCUGGAAAAGGAUGCCGUUCUGACUGAGCCGGUCGUGCGUGGUCUCUUGAAAUUCUGGCCAAAGACAUGUUCACAGAAGGAAGUGAUGUUUUUAGGUGAAAUAGAAGAAAUUUUGGAUGUCAUCGAUCCACCGCAAUUCGUGAAAAUUCAAGAGCCACUAUUUCGUCAAAUCGCCAAAUGUGUCUCCAGUCCACAUUUUCAGGUUGCGGAGAGAGCGCUGUACUUCUGGAAUAAUGAAUAUGCCAUGUCUCUUAUUGAGGAAAAUAAUACUGUUAUAAUGCCAAUUAUGUUUCCUGGUCUGUAUCGCAUCAGCAAAGAACAUUGGAAUCAAACAAUCGUUGCGCUCGUUUACAAUGUUCUAAAGACAUUUAUGGAAAUGAAUUCGAAGCUCUUUGAUGAGCUGACCGCGAGUUACAAAGCUGAACGACAAAAAGAGAAAAAGCGAGAGCGUGAACGUGAAGAGCUAUGGAAAAAGUUGCAUGAGCUGGAGAUUAGUCGUACAAAUAGAAUGAACUCAUCCAAUAGCGAUACAAUUCAAUCUCCGACGAACACCUCAACAUCUGCAUCAAGUAAUCCAUUCUCGAGCACAACCACUUCAACCACAACAAAGACUAAUACUACAAGCGCCGCUAGUGCUGCUGCUGCCGCCUCAGCAGCCGGCUCAAUAAAUCCAUCGGCUGAUAGUACAGGAGAUACAUAUAAUUUAAUUAAAAAAGAAAAUGUAUUAAAAGAGGAUUAACACAUUAAAUUUACGCAAAUAACAAGCAAAAAGAAUGAAAAGAAAACUGAAAAGUGAGAAAAAAUGAGAAAUAAGAAAUGAGAAAUGAAUUAAACAAACAAAAAAAAAAUUAAAUAAUUAAUUACACAUACACACAAAAACACACUAAAGCAGAAAAAAAUAUUUAAAAAAUUAUAUAUAUUGUGAAUUGUAUAUGUUGUGGUUUAUUAUUACCAGUGUUACGAUUGCGCUUCAGGUCAUCGAAUGAGCGACAACCAAAAAUGGGCACUGUGAGAUAUCAAAUCGAAUGCGAAUGACACCAAUUGCCAAACGGCAAUCUGCUUUGGCGAAUGCGAAACGCUUUUCAGUUUUCAGAAAAGUGCCCAUUCGAUAUUGGAUUUGCGACGGACACGGACGUACGGCGACAUUCUCAAAGUUCAAUAUGCUCUUUCUCAUUGCCCCCGAAAAAAAAUAACUCUCUCAUUCGAUGAACUGGCUCUGGAUCUGAACACUGAUUAUUACUAUUAUUAUUAUUUAUUUCUUCAUUUAUUUUUAUGUUUCUUUCCAUUGAAAAGCAAAAAAAAAAUGCAAAACCACAACCAAAAUGUUCUCUUUUUAGUCCUUUUGAAAGCCUCCAUAUCUAUCGAUACAUACGAACAUACGCUUUCUUUUCGUUGUCAAUUAGCAAAAAGCAAGCGAAAUAAUUAAUUUUAUUUGAAACUCCCUGCCCUCAACACACCCAUCAAAUCCCUCGAUCCCUAAUUCCAAUUGUAUGUAAAACAACACAAAAAAAACCCAACUCAAACAAGAAAUUAUCGAAAUAAAAAAAAAGUUCAAAAUUUAUGUUUUGAUUUACGACACACAAAAAAAUGAAUGAAAUAUAAAAGAUGAUUAUGAUGAAUGAAAUAAAUUCCGUACUCUGAUUUCUUUGAUAAAUCAAUUAUUUUUUUUAUACUACUUUAUUCGAAAGUAAUGAAGUAGACACCCAGAAGAUGAAGAAAAAAACAACAACAAUGGAUUAAAUUAAAAGGAAAAGAAAAUAAAUAAAUAAAAAAAACAAUAUUUAUAAAUAUGAUUAUUAUAAUGAUUGAAUGUAUCCUAUGCGACCGAUGAGAAAGAAGGUGAAAACUAGAAGUUGAAACAUGAAAAUUGAUUGAAUGCAUUUUAGAGCUACACUGAAUCAAAGAGCUAGAAACUGAGAAAAAAAAUAAACAGAAACACACGUGAGAAGAAUGGACGAUGGAAACAUCAAGUAUUAAUUAAUAAGUUGGAACUACAUAAACAUAUAUUAUAUAAUAUAACAAAGAAGAACAAAAUAUAUGAAGAAAAAACCUGGCGAAGAUAACUAUAAUUAUCAGCAACGGUUGUCAGCAGUCGGCAUGUCUGUUGAAAUGAUUUGUUGGCAAUGCUGACUAGCGUCGCUGAUAAAAAUAAACAUACAGACAGUCAAAGAACAAAUUUAAAUCAUACAAUACAAAAAAAAGCAGAAAAGGAAGUAGGCAUAAGGUGUUCAAAAGUGAAACAAACUGUACAGUCGAAUAAACAAAUAGGAAAAAAUUAUGUUCGUUUCAAUUUUCGAAUUUGGCUUGCAAACGUUCUUUUUGUUUUGGUUUUGUUCAAAGCAAUUUCCAUUUUCAUUCCAAUUUCGGUUAAAACAAAUUAAACUGAUUCUCCAUCAUACAUUGUGAAGCUAUAGCAUGAGCAUUUUGAACGAUAAAAUUUCAAUAGUUUCCGCUUGCCAUUUUUUUGCAAUCUCUCGCUCUCCUUCUCUUUCUCACUCUCUCUUUCUCUCCUCCUCCUUUUACCGUUUUUUUUUAAUUUUCUAAAUUUACUUUGCUUUUUAUAUCUAAACGAGAAAAAAAAUAGAUCAAAUUCAUUAGAAAUGUCGAUUCGUGUGUGUGUUGCGACUUCACAUUUUUUAUCACUGUCCUCAUAUCUUUUAGCACGUGCAUUUAAAUCAAUGAACAAAAUGUGGAAGAAUAGGCGAUGAUCUGACAGCAAUAGUAUUAAUAAACCAUUAAGAAGAAAAUGCAGCACAUGUACCGAUCAAAUGCAUAAUGAAAUUUAGAGAGAAAACCAAGAUGAGCUAAAUAAAAACCAAAAACAGUCAGAAAAUAAAGAGAGAGAAAAGUGCAAACAUGUGAAACAGAUACAUGCGUAAUAGAAUGGUGCCAAUGCGAGAGAGAGAGAGAGAGAGUAGACGGUGUCGAUCGGUAGCCAAUUAAUGCCCCAAUACGUGGGUUCAAUCGCAGUCACCCGAAUUUCGAAAAUAACUUGAAAUCUUCCGUUAGCCGCCUCUCCGUUCGAUCUUAUUUCUUUUUGCAUUGUUUUUGUUUUCUUUUCCUGCGUGUUACACUUUUAUUCUUUAUCUUUUUCUUUCCUUUUUUCGGUCAUAAGCAACAAAAACUCGUACUGUUUCUCAUGAAAAAAAAAAUUGGUUGGUCUUUAGAUUUCUGGUAAGGAGAUUUACUAGUUCAUUAUUUCGUCCGUCUUAUUGUCACCACAUUCACAUUGUUGAAAUUCAACAGGCGUAAACGGAUUAUUUGAUUUUAUUUUCAAACAUAUGAAGCAAUUUCUCAUCGAAAAACGAAUACAUGAAAGAACAAACAAAAAGAGAACAAAAUAAAAUUCGGAAAAACAAAUAAAAUCAAUCCUCUUUUAACGCCACUCUAAAGCGUAUCUGAGAGGAGGUAAGUAAAAAAUACAAGAAAUUUACUGACAACAACACAAACACACACUCACAAUGUGCAAACUAUGUCGCGAUAUGCAAAAAACAACCGUUUAAGGAAAGAGAAAAAAAACAAACAAAUAAAAAAAUAAAUAUAAUGAUAAUAAUAAUGCAUAAUUAUAAUGAGAGAUAUAUUAGUUUCAUAGUCAGUGACCGAAGUGAAAUUGUAUUUUUCGAAUCACACUAUCCUAAAAGAAGAAAACUGAGGCAGAAAUAAAAAUGAAUAAUGACAAAAAAGGAAACAAAAUAAUAGUAUAUGUUGUAGUUAAAGAAAAAGAAAAUAAUUAAAAACAUUGAUUGAAUGGAGAAAAAAAACAAACACACAUACGAAAAACUACAGCUACACACCAAUUUCCAUGCAAGCUCCUGAUAUUCAAUCAUUGUUUAUUUUAUGAUUUGCUGUUGGUCUCGUUUACUUUUCUUUUCAUUUCGUGUUCAAUUUCUGCAGACGAAAAAAGAAAAAAAAGGACUUCAAACUAAAAUGCAAUCAAAUCAACUUGACACAGCCCAUGGAAGAGUGGCAAAGAAACAUUUCGCAAAAAAUCAGUGAUCGCAAGAAUUUGCAAUAGAAAACAGAGAACCAUUUCAUUGUUUAUUUGCUCCAUCAAUUCGAUUGUACUUUUUACACACACAAUCGAUAAACAUCAACCGAAUUAUGUGAUUGCUGUGGAAUUUCAUGUCGAUUUUUCUGAAACAUUUCAAUGGCUAUAAAGUGUACUAUUCUAAUUGAAACGCAACUUUUUAUUCGUUCCUUACAUUUUACUGUAUAUAUCGUUUGAUAUGUUCUCAAAUUUUAAAACAACGUUUCACUCUCAUGCGCAAUUCAAAGAUUUCCAAUCGAUUCCAUAAAAAAUUAUUUUAAAAACAAAACGAGAAUACAAAGAAUAGCCAUGUAUCGAUUAUCACACAUUGUAAUUUUUCCGUAUAGAAUCGCCAUCAAAUGAUAUUACACGAGAAACACA